UUACAUGUUGAAUUGAAUUCGUGGAGGCUAGCCUAUCACAUGUUUUUCAAUUUCCAUUGGUGCGGAACCAAUACAUAUUUCAGAACCUGGCCGGAUUGAAAUUGAUGUCGGACAGGAGCAAUAGAAAGAUGACGGCUGCUCUGGUACAGAUGAGUUGCAUGUAUAGGGGAAUGUUAGCGGUAAGGGCGACGGGUAUCAGGCCGAUAAUACCUGGGCUGAUACCGACUCAGUUUCGGGCCUUCUCUGUGCGAAAAGAUCCAGAGUUGGAGAAUAAUCCUUACUUUCAUAAAUACGAGGAAAAGAUCCAGAAAAUGCGCAGUUCCAAGCCUCAAGAGUUCAAGGCCCGAUUAGAGAAAUGCCACAAUUCCAAGAAAGAAGUGCAUGGAAACUCCAAGGAAGCAGAGUUUAUGAACGUCAUGGAGAAGCAGUUAAAGAAGCGAGACAAGCUGUCGACUGGGAAUGGAAAAGCACGAGGUUUUGUGAAAAAUAUGUCGUUGGGUUCCAUCCUCAAUCUGGAGCUGAUCCAGGACAAGACAGGUGAAGAGAUUGCAGAGCUCUGGAUGAAGUAUUAUGCCACAAAGGAUACCAUCAGCGCUGUCAUUCCAAGUCACACAUUCGAAGUCAUUGUUGCCCGAGCACAGUUGUGUUCAAUGUUCUUAUUUGCGUUGCCACAGAACGAGGGGUAUGAAUUCUUUGUUGGUCAAUGGUCCGGCCACGAGCUCCAUUUCACCUCCCUUGUCAACAUUCAGACUCAUGGAGAGAGUGCUCCUAGUCAGAUGAUCCUCUACCACUACCCAGACUUGAAAGAGAACAAGGGCAUCGUCCUCAUGACAGCAGAGUUGGACCCCAGGUUCAUAACUGUCUCCCAGGCUCAGUGUUUGGCCAAUCAGGUGCAGCUCUUCUAUGGUACGAAGAAGCAAGAGACGUUUCGGUUGGUAGAGACGUUUAACCACCAUCCAGCAGAGUUUAAACACAUGUUGGUGAUUGCAGAGCUGGAGCAGAGUGGCAUAGGAACUGUUCUCAUGCCUACAUCCUCACAGAAAGAGAAGCACUAAGCAGUUUGAUGACAGGGACUCUGCAUGGAAUCUCACUUCAGUUCAGAAGUAAUCUUAUCCAGUUAUGAUGUUGUUGGACGCCUGGAAUUGAAAUAAAUAAACUGAAGCAACACA